GUAGAUAUGGCUUCUGCCAGCUGUCUCCUAACUGAAGAUCAGUUCCUGUGCUCCAUCUGUCUGGAUGUGUUCACUGGUCCAGUCACUACACCAUGUGGACACAACUUCUGUAAAAACUGCAUCACUGAACACUGGAACACUUCUGUCCAGUGUCGGUGUCCCAUUUGUAAAAGACUUUACAAGACAAAACCUGAGCUGCAGGUGAACACUUUCAUCUCUGAGAUGGCUGCUCAGUUCAGACAGUCAGCUCAACAGAAAGCCAGCAGCAGCAGCUCAGAGCAACAAGCUGCCAAACCAGGAGAAGUUCCCUGUGAUUUCUGCACUGGAACCAGACUGAAGGCCCUCAAGUCCUGCCUGGUGUGUCUGGCCUCCUACUGUAAGACUCACCUGGAGCCUCAUCUGAAAGUUUCAGGCCUAAAGACACAUCAGCUGAUCGACCCUGUGGAGAACCUGAAUGGCAGGAUGUGUAUGAAGCACAAUCAACUCCUGCAACUGUUCUGCAAGACCGAUCAGAUGUAUCUCUGCAUACUUUGCACCACUUUCGACCACAAAACUCAUGAUGUUGUUCCUCUAAAAGAAGAAACUAAAGGAAAAAAGGCAGAGCUGGGGAAGACAGAGGCUGAAGUUCAGCAGAUGAUCCAGAAGAGACAACUAAAGAUUCAGGAGAUCAAACACUCAGUGAGGCUCAGUAAGGAAGAUGCAGUCAGAGAGUUAGCAGAAGGUGUUCAGGUCUUUACUGCAUUAAAGGCGUCUAUUGAGAGAAGCCAGGCUGAACUCAUCAAGACCAUCAAAGAGAAGCAGAUAACUAAAGAGAAGCAGGCUGAAGACUUCAUGAAAGAGCUAGAAGAAGAAAUCUUUCAGCUGACAAAGGCAAGAUCUGAGGUUGAGCAGCUCUUACACUCCGAAGACCACCUCCACCUCCAUCAAAGACUCUCGUUCCUGAAAGCUGCCCUACCCGCCAAAAACUGGGCAGCGAUCAGGGUCCAACCAACCUCAUAUGAGGGGUCUGUGGCGAGAGCUGUGGCUCAGCUGGAGGAGACGAUCACUCAACCAAUGAAGAAGCUGUUUGAGGCUGAGCUGAAGAGGGUCAAGCGAUAUGAAGUGCAGGUGACACUUGAUCCUGAUAUUGUACAUCCCAAACCUGCUCAGUCUAAUGAUAAACAACAGGUAAAGCAGGAUAAUAAAUGCAGAUGUGUCUUAUCAAAGCAGGGUAUCUCUUCAGGGAGGUUUUACUUCCAGGUUCAGGUUAAGAAGUGGUCCUCAUGGACUUUAGGCGUAGUCAGAAAGUCAGCCAUCAUGAACAGAGACACCACUCUGAGCCCCAGAAAUGGCUACUGGACUAUAUGUUUCAAGUGGAGCAUUGGGUAUUAUGGGUAUUUUGCAGCUGGUACCCCUUCAGUCGGUCUCAGUCUGAAGAAAAAGCCUGAAAAGAUGGGGGUGUUUGUGGAUUACGAGCAGGGUGUGGUCUCCUUUUAUGAUGUUGAUGCUGCAGGUCUUAUCUAUUCCUUUACUGGCUGCUCCUUCACUGACACACUUCAUCCGUUCUACAGUCCCUGUUCGAAUGACGGUGUUAAAAUCCACAUCACUGAAAAAGAUUGUGUGUUACUGUAA